AGCGGAGUGUGAAUGCGGAAAUAUCGUCUUCUUCCAUCCAAGACCCCUAAUGAUCGACAGGCUGCAUUGUGCAAACCAGGUUGAAGAUGGCGUGGAGGCAGUUGAUCUUCAAAGAGAGACCAUUCUCAAUUCGAUCACAGCCGCCACAGAUUACUCCUGGGUUGUUCAGAUUCUUCUCCAAGUCCACAACUCCAUUUAUCGUCAAGGUUGGAAUACCAGAAUUUCUGAACGGAAUCAGUGGAGGGGUUGAAGCCCAUGUGACCAAGCUUGAAUCUGAGAUCGGAGACCUUCAUAAACUGCUUGUUACUCGUACGCUGAAACUCAAGAAACUUGGCAUCCCCUGCAAGCAUAGGAAGCUGUUGUUGAAAUACACCCACAAGUAUAGAUUGGGACUGUGGAGGCCUAGAGCUGAACCUGUGAAAGCCGGAUAAGUUCUGGGGCACCUUGUUCUCUGCGGAGCAACACCAAGCAUGCUAACAUGACCGAUGGACAUCUCUGUAGGAAAAUGUUGUAUUUGAUGAGUUCUGUUCUCUUUUGCGUUUUAAGGUCUCUUCAAACUUUGAGAGAGAAAGGUUUAACUCAGUAUUAGUGACAUGGUAAAUUUAAUGAAGCAAACGGGCUGGUCUGCAGUGCCUGCAUUGA